AUGGACUCGUACCCGAACGAGUUCACGGCCCACCACCACCCGCUCCUCUUCGUCGCAGGCCUCGCCCCACCCCCCUCGAGCUCGUCGGCCAACACGACCGACCCGUUCACCCUCCUCGAGCACGCACUCGCACGCACCUUGGCCUCGCCCAGGUCCUUCCCGCUGUGGGACUCGUCCAGACCCGCCCAACAAGGAGCGACCCCCUUUCACGCCGUCCUCGUCGACAAGAACCUCCGCUUCCCUCCCCUCAAGGCCCGUCCAGCUGCCACCGCAGCGCAACAACCUGCGCCCGCCGCACCUGCGUCGACUGCCGCCCUCCACUCGCCCAUCUCGCCCCUCACGCCGACCUCGCCCCUGUACCCAGACGGCCUCAUCGCCCCAAUCUGGGUCCGCAAACACCGCGAGCUCGUCCCCGCCGUCUUUGUCCUCGUCGUACGCCUGUACGAGUCGCCGCCCGGCUCGAACCGGUCCCCGGACGACCGCCUCGACGACGAGCGCCAGGCCGACGUCGACCUCGUGCGCGACAUUGUCGACCGCCGCCGCACCACCCUCGAGCGCGGCACCAAACUCGCCGUCGUCCUCCUGUGCUCGCGCGAGCUCCUCGACGACCCGGCCCUCGACCUGCGGUUGUCGCUCAUCCGCCGCCAGUCGGGCCUCGACUCGCGCGCGAGCCUGUUCGUCAUCUCGCCCGUCCCGCAGGCCGAGGUCGCCAACUUUUGCGCGAGCCUCAAGCACGAGCUGUACCCGGCCGCGCUCGACUACUACCGCGAGCAUGGCCGCCGCGUGAGGCGCAAGCGCACGCGCCAGGCCCCGCCCGGCGCGGCCCUGAGCGACCGCGGGUGGACCGUCCGCUACGACUACAAGCUCGCCCUCUUUGCCGAGAUGCGCAGCGAGAUCGAGGUGUCGCUCAAGCACUACGAGGACUGCUACGAGGCGCUCGUCGACAUGUUUGCCCAGCCUGACCUUCUCGGCGCCCGCACCAAGCGCUGGGCCGAGGCCAAGGUCCUCGCCGACUGCGUCUCGAUCAAGGUCAGCAAGAUGUACCUGUACCUCAACGAGCCGGCGCGAGCGCUCGCCCAGCUCAACCGCCACGUGUCGCGCUUCCGGGAGCUGAGCGGCUCGUGGCAGAUCGGCGACGACACGUUCGAGUUCUGGUCCUGGCUCUCGAAGCAGUACCGCCUGUUCGGCGACCUCGUCGCGCUCGCCCUGCGCGCCGGGUUCCGCCUCCCCUCGCUCCGCCCACCGCCGACCCCUCGUCUCCCCGCACCCUCUACCACCGGCCUCAGCCCGUCCCAGAUCCCGUCGCCCGGCCUCGUCCCGCUCAACGUCCUCCAGCACGCCGGGCACUACUACCACCUCGCCGCCGUGUGCGCCGUGGCCCGUCGCGACCGGUUCCGCGAGGCGGUGCGCGCGCUCGAGGCGGCGACCGAGGCGGAAGAGCAGCUCGACAGCAGUGGACCGGCGGUCGUGGCGAGCCCGGCGCUGGCGCACGAGCGCAAGGUCGAUCACGGAGAGCUCAUCGUCGAGCUGCUCACCACGGCGUACGAGUUCUUCAAGGCGCACCGGGCCAAGAACAUGACGUACUGCAUCGCGAGCGAGAUUGCGCUCGCGCACUUCGAGGCGGGCAAGUCCGACAUGGCGCUCAAGUUCUACGACCGCAUCGCCAAGUCGUACCGCCGCGACGGCUGGCGCGACAUCCUCGACUCGAUCCUCGAGCGCACGUUCCGCGCCGCCGUCCAGUGCGACGACUGGGACGCUGCCGUCCGGGCGGGCUUUGAGCUCCUCGCACCGAGCUCCAAGAUCGCCGUCACGCAGCGCGAGCAGUACGCGCACCAGCUCCUCGACAUCCUCGAGAAGCGUGAGCCGCCGCCAGGCAAGGCUCGCGUCCAGCUCGACGCGGCCAACGUCGCGCCCAUUCUCGAUUGCGGUAUCACCUUCCUCCGACCGUCAGCACACGCCGCCGAGCCCGUCCCGUUCCAGCUCGUCCUCGCCGCACCUCCCGGCGCUCGGACCGCCCACCUCGCCUUCGCCCACCUCGACCUGCACCUCAACGACGGCCGGCCGCCGGUUCGCGUGUCGCACAAGGAGGACGCGCCGUCGAGCAUGAGCGUGGGACAUGUCGGGUCGGCGCAGGAGCGAGAGGCGAGGCUGAGGUGGAGCGAGGGCGAGAGGAGGGUCUUCACGGGGACGGUGUCGGUCGACAGGGAGCUCGAGCUCAAGGUCGACAAGGUCGUCCUCGUGGCCGAGAUCGGCGGCUGGACCGUCGAGCUCGGCCUGCAGCCCCGGCUGCCGGCCGUCGCCGGCGAGGAGAGCGUGUGGUACGUCGGCGACAAGUGCGUGCCGUUGCGGCACGGUGGAUCGACCUGUUUGAUCACGCGGCGGGACCUCAAGAUCGACGUCAAGACCGACUGCGCGAGUCCGGCGUACCUCGACGAGCGCUUCCCCGUGCACGUCGACGUCAAGAACGAGGACGACCUCGACGUCAACGUGUCGCUCGUCGUGUUUCUUCAGCCGGGCGAGGAGGGCUCCUACGACCGCGUCCUCGUCGACGACCUCGCCUCGACCUCGCUCAUCGACUCGCUCCCGCUCGGCACCCUCGUGCCAGGCGCCUCGCUCCGCAAGACGUUCUACCUCGAGACGCUCGGCGGCAUCCCUGGACCGCGCAACCUCGACGUCACGGUCCACGCCGUCCCUGUACCGCCGACCUCGUCCGCCCUCACAACCUCGUCCACGACCAUCCUCCCGCUCCUGCCCAACUCGACCGACUGCACCCGCUCGCUGUCGCUCCUCGCCAUCCGCCCCGUCCACGCCGCGUUCGACACGCACGUCCUCAAGCGUCGCAGGGACGUCAAGCCGCUCCUCGACCUCGACGAGCCGUACGGGUGGGAGGGCGCGAGCGACGCCAUGGUCGUUGCGGGGCUCACGGCGGCUGGACCUUGGGACAUCGAGGUGGCGAGGGUGCAGCUGAGGGCAGAGGACGCUCCCUCGGUCCGGGUCGUCGCGUCCUCUCUCGGCUACCUCGCCGGCGAGCAACUCGAGGACACUGCAGCAAUGACUUGGCGACCCGGCGACCAAUUCAACGCCGUCUUCUCGCUCGAGGUCCAGCCCGACUUUGGCCAACCGCUCGACUCGCACCUGCACCUCGACAUCGAGUGGCGCCGCAGCCGCAGCAGCGACGCCCUCUCGCUCACUCGCCUCCGCCUCGCCGCGCCUCGACCCCUUCCCCUCAUCCCGACCGUCACGCUCCAACUCCCGCCUUUCCUCACCCUCCACGAGCCCACCAUCCUUGUCUACCGCCUCUCGAACCCGACGGGCCGCCUCGUCACCCUCUCGUCGCAGCUCGACAGCCCCGAGACGCCGUCCACGUUCGCUUUUGCCGGCGCGCGCCGCCUCCCCGAGUGGGUCCUCGGCCCGUCCGAGGCGCGCGAGCUGCACGUGCGCGUCGUGCCGCUCGCGGCGGGCAACUGGGCCUUGCCUCGCCUGCGCGUCUGGCGCGUCGAGCGGCCUCCUGUUCCGCCAGCGCCGGCACCGCUCGGCCGCGCCGACGACAACGGCUACGCACCGCCGCCGCCUGCGCCGCAGCCGCCGAGGCUGUACGAACUCGAGGUCGAGAUCGAGGGCGAGGCGGUGGUCGAGCCUGAUCCGGCCCAGGUCGAGCUCGAGGCGGAUCUGCGGAGCGCGAGGGGGCCGGACGAGGAGGGCGACGCGGGUGUGGGUGGGGCCAAGGCGCCGGUGGGGAGAGGACCGGUCGUGCUUGUGCUCCCGAGGUAGACUCGCUAGAAGCGCGCGAGGGCCAUAGACGAGUCGUUGCGAUGCAGCUUCUUCACCCUGCUG